UCCUUUCUCUGCCAGGAGCUCCUCUGCCCUCGGGCUCAGCUCCUCACCUCUCCCUGCUCCAUUACUGCCGCUAUUUAAGAUGAGAGUGGAGUUACUACUAUUAGCAUCUAGCUGCUAUAGUUAGCUGCUCACAGCACCCCGCUGGCAGCAGGUCUGAAAACCUCAGCUAUUUUAAGUCAGGGAGAAGCAGGAGUGUAGCUGAGAUGUGUCAAGGCAAGCAGUUGGUUUGGGGGAUUUGGGGUUUUUUUGUUUUUUAAAUUCCUAGCAGCUCUACCCUGGACAGGAGCACCCCAGAAGAAAAUGAAAGGGAAAAAAGCAUCAGCCACAGCAGAGUCGGAAAUUACAGCAGGAGCCUGUGGAGGGCAGCGCUGUCUUGCUGGGGAUGGUGCACUGACUAAGCUCAGUGAUGCCAGCUGCUAAGAAAAGCUGUCUCUGAUCUAGCCUGAGCGCAUGCAAGAGAGGAACAAGAUGCCUCACACCAGAGAGUCAUCAUCAACCAGCAGUGCAGGGAGCACAGCUUCCUAUGAAACACCAGAACUCUCAGACCUCCAGAGGCUUUUGUGGUUGAAAGAAGGAUGUGGUAAUCACGUGGACCAAGUCUGGCCAAAUAUUUACCUGGGAGAUGCGUGGGCUGCUAGGAGUAAAAGUACUCUUCAAAGCCUCAACAUUACUCACAUCCUUAAUGCAGCACAUGGGCCAUACAGCAUCAACACAGGAGCCCAAUAUUACAAAGAUCUGCAAAUGGAGUACUAUGGAGUAGAAGCAUUUGAUGAUCCUUCCUUUGAUUUAAGUAUCUUCUUCCAUGAAGCUGCCAAUUUCAUAGGCAAAGCCUUAAACACUUUGGGAGGUAAGGUGUUUGUUCACUGUGCCAUGGGGGUGAGCCGUUCUGCCACUUUAGUGCUUGCUUUUUUAAUGAUCCAUGAAAACAUGACACUCGUGGAUGCUCUGAAAACAGUCAGUGCUCACAGAAACAUCUGCCCAAAUUCAGGGUUCCUCAAUCAGCUCCGGGACUUGGACCUUAAAUUAAACGAAGAAAGGAAAGGCACCAAAGCAUCUGCUACCACAGAGCUGUAAGAGAGCACUGCUGAAAAAGAAAGGACAAAAUAUAAUUUAAAUUUCCUGCAUCUCUUUUAAAUUAAUUGCAUUUGUAAACUAAGGAGGCAAAUUUAUGAUAUGCCAGAAUGCAUGUUAUUACUACAAGUAUAUUUUACUCAAUCUUUUUGCUAGAUUACACUUAGAAUUGGUUGUAUAUUGUGUCUUUCACUCUCCACCUUAAAACAUUGCUCUCUGCUGGAAAAAAAAAAAAAAAAGAUAUCAGGUUCCACUUCAGAAAUAGCUGUGUUUCAGCAACUAGUGAAGCUCAUAUCACUUUAUGAAGUGUUAGGCUAUUUGAGGUGAAAGAUGCCAUAUUAUUUAUGCUCCAACAAUGCUCAGAAGUUUUCUUAUGAACCAGCCCCCCCUACCCCUUUGCUCUCUGUAUCUAAAAUGGUUUGUAUUUUGAGACUGGAAUCUGGCACUGGUUAGUUCUUGCUUUUACAAUUGGUGGAGCCCCUGAGUUGGGGGUAUGAGGCUAUUUAAAGGCAAAGCAACUGGGAAACAACACAAACCAUUCUUUGAGAAAUUAUUCCAGGCCCCUCUGUAGUGUUUUGCAUUUGACUGUUCGCCAGAUUUUUAGAUUUUUUUCUUUCUUCCGUGAAAAUACCUUUGUUUGAGAAGGCAUUCAAAUCUUGUUAACCUUCCUGAGUAAAAUUCAUACAGGGGAUGCUGUAGAAAAUGCUCCUGAAGAGGAAGGUGGGUUCCCAGCUGGGUAGUGGGGGUACAGGAAAGCAUUAGACAACAAAAUUCAGCAUAUCCCAAAUUUGUCUGACAGUUCAGCAUCACAAAACUUGGGAUUUUCUUUCUCACAAAUAAAGGUCGUUAACAUUGUAA